ACUGUCCGAAGUUUUAUUUUUAUUGCACUUGCCAACCUGGCAUUGGCAUCUCUUGCGGCUCUCGGCGGAGUUGCCAGCUUCAGCUGUGGGUACAUGCUUGGCAGUCUCUCUGUGUAACAAAUGCUUCUUGCGAAGUUCCUGUGCUAACUGUAAAAUGUAUUCUCUCCUUGGUAAAUUCUUCUCCGUGCAUUCUUUGUGAAGUACCCAGUAGUUGAUGGCUGCUAGGUCCAAUACAUUGUAAAACACCUGAACAGGCCACCGUCGGGAGCCAGCUUUCACAGAAUACUUCUGUGCCAUCUGAUCCAAAACAUCAACUCCAUAUUUUGUUGCGUGUUUAAAACUCCACGGUCUCUGGUAUUUAUUUUCACUAGUCCUGAUGCUAAUUGACUGACCAAAGCAGCGCAGCUGGCAAGCAGGUGCCAGCCUUCAAAAGGCUGAUUGAAAAACAAUAGACUGUCAGUCAUUCACUCAGACAGAGAGUAGAGACUAAUCUAAUUACAGCUAAACACAUUGCAGACUGGUAAAUAAAAAUAAUAAAUUAGAGUACUGUUCUGUAUAAUCACAGUACAAUUGCUUUCGGUGUGUCCGUCAAUGUUACUGGUCCCGGGGCUUUUAGGUUUAAUGUAAUAUAUCUCCUUUAUUUCUGCACUCCUGCGUUUCAUGCUUUGUGAGAAUAUUUAAUACAUACGGGCAGAAAGGUACAUGAACGCGCAGCCCCAUAUGUGUUACACGACUUGCGAAAAUUACAUUUUAAAACCAAAAACCGCCAAAAUGACUGCCGCGGGUCUUGUUAAAUUGCAUUCCCUACCUCAAGAUGGCUUCUCAUGUACCUGCAUGGAAAUAAAACCAUAAUCCUACAAGUUAUAUUCUACUUUUUUGUGUGUGUUUUGUGCGAUGAGGAGGGGGCAAGUAGAUUUUUGUAGCAUUUUGUCCUUUUGGACAAGAAGUUUUUUCAAAAAUUGCACACCCCUGCACUAAUUUUGAAGCUGUUAAUGUUUCAAUUUGAACUAAAUCGAGUUAUUAAUCAUUGAUUAAUCUUGUUAAAUAAUUGAUAUAUUAAAAUAUGUGGAUAUACUAUUACUUGAUUGAUUACUGUCUUGUUCACAGUCAUCUUGCAGCAAGAUGGGCCGAAUGGCCUCCUCUCGUUUGUAAACUUUCUUAAAAGAACGUUAGAAUAUAUUUAGUUGGAAAAUAGAACGUUUUUGGCUGAUUCGAAUUUUUCUGCUGAUGUAUUAAUUUUCUAAAGGUUUUCUUUAGAUUUAGUUGGAGCUGUGCUGCAUUUUUUUCUUCUUUUUUUGGGAGGGGGUCUACUUCACAGUCUUGCACCAGGGCCCUGUAAAUCCUAGGGCCAGGACACCGGUGUAUACAAUAAAAAAUACAGAGUGAGAAUGAAGCUGCUGUGGUUGUGGAUGUGUCUGGGGCUGCUGUGCCUGGCUGCGGUUGUCCGGUCACACGAGGAGGAGGACAACGACAUUGAGUAUGAGGCCCAGGUCGAGGACUUUGAGGAGAAACCCACAGAGACCAGUGACCCAGAAGACAACAGCCAGUCAUUCCAGGUGACAUACAAGACUCCGGUGCCUACUGGCGAGGUGAACUUUGCAGAAACAUUUGAUGACGGUUCCCUAGACGGAUGGAAGAUAUCUAAAACAAUGAAGGAUGACACUGCUGAUGAAAUUGCAAAAUAUGAUGGACAGUGGGAAGUGGAGCCUUUAAAGGAGAACACCCUACCUGGAGACAAAGGACUAGUGUUGAAAUCCAGAGCCAAGCACCAUGCCAUAGCAGCCAUGCUACAGGAGCCAUUCGUCUUUGAAGAGAAACCUUUAGUAGUGCAGUAUGAAGUCAAUUUCCAGGAUGGAAUCGAUUGUGGUGGUGCUUAUAUGAAACUUCUGUCUGCAACAGAUGAUUUAGAUUUGGAAAACUUCUAUGACCGAACUCCAUACACAAUUAUGUUUGGUCCAGACAAGUGUGGUGAAGAUUACAAGCUUCACUUCAUCUUCAGGCACAAGAACCCCCAAAAUGGAGACUAUGAGGAGAAGCAGGCCAAGCGCGCUGAUGUUGAUCUGAAAAAAAUCUACUCUGACAAAAAGACCCAUCUUUAUACACUUGUACUGAAUCCAGAUAACAGCUUUGAGAUCUUCAUUGAUCAGACCAGUGUAAGUAAAGGAAACCUCCUGGAAGAUUUCAUCCCUCCUGUAAACCCAGCCAAAGAGGUCGAUGAUCCCAAUGACAGCAAACCCGAGGAUUGGGACGAGCAUCCAAAGAUCCCCAACCCAGAGGAAACCAAACCAGACGACUGGGAUGAAGAUGCUCCAACAAAGAUAGAAGAUCCUAAUGCAGUGAAACCUGAAGGCUGGCUCGAUGAUGAACCAGAGUAUAUGUCGGACCCUAAUUCAGAGAAACCUGAAGACUGGGAUGAGGAGAUGGAUGGGGAAUGGGAAGCCCCUCAGGUCCCCAACCCAGCCUGUGAGACGGCCCCAGGCUGUGGAACAUGGAAGCUGCCCCUGAUCGACAACCCCAACUACAAGGGCAAGUGGAAGCCUUCCAUGAUCGACAACCCCAACUAUCAGGGAAUUUGGAGCCCAAGGAAAAUCCCGAACCCAGAUUAUUUUGAAGACCAGCAUCCAUUCCUCAUGACUCCCUUUAGUGCAGUGGGCUUAGAGCUGUGGUCCAUGACUUCUGACAUCUACUUUGACAACUUCAUCAUCUGCUCUGAGAAGGAAGUGGCUGACCGCUGGGCAGCUGACAGCUGGGGCUUGAAGAAGCUGGUGGCCAGCGCCAAUGAGCCAAGUGUGCUGAGUCAGUUGAAAACAGCUGCAGAGGAGCGUCCUUGGUUGUGGAUUGUUUACAUCCUGACUGUCGGGUUACCACUGGGACUGGUUGUUUUUUUCUGUUUCCCCAAGAAGACAGAUGAAUUAGCCGCCACCUACAAGAAGACAGAUGCCCGGCAGAAGGAUGUGAAGGAGGCAGAGGAGAAGGAGGAAGAGGAGGAGCAGGAGCAGGAGGAGAAAAUAAGACUGGAGAGAAGGGUCAAGGAGGAACUGGCAGCUUCAGCUAAAGAAGAGGAGGAGGAGGAUGAAGAUGAGGAAGAAGAGGAGGAGGAUGAGGAGAGCGGGGCUGUGGGAGAAGGCAGCCAUGAGGAAGAAGAGGACGAAGAAGGCAACAAAACCAACGAGUCUGUGUCCGAAGACGAGAUGAAAGAUGCUGAUGAAGGUACAGGAGAUGGACCAAAACAACCAGUCCGUAAAAGACGAGUACGGAAGGAAUAAACAUCAUCUUCCAGCAGCUAUUGUUUGUUAAUCAGUUUCUUUUAACAAGCAGUGCAUGCACACACUGGCAUGCCCAACAGCAUGCAGGAUGUCCAGCUGGAAGCAAUGGUGACCAACUAGAUUCUCUUCCCAAACCACUCAUGUUACCUGUCAGCCCUACAUCUGACCUCAGACCCCAGCCCCUAAACAGACUCCUUCAGUCUUCCCUUCCAAGAAACAUUUCUCUCAAGACAAUGCUGGAAUGUUUAUUACAAUAAAAAAUAACAAAAACAUCCUAACAUCCAGUAGCCAAUAAGGUGUAUUUUAAGGAUUCAUUAUAACAAUAUUAACGUGAUGUGCACAAUUAAAAUAGUGCCGUUUUAUACAGAAAUGUACAUAAAAAAGGACAUUAUUUGCAGCUGUUAAGGCUGCGAGUUUGUUGAAAGUUAGCGGAACUAAAUGUAAAGAAAGUAAAUUUAUUAGUGGUCCAGUAUUUUUAGGUUUUAAUUUAUGUCUGUUGCAUACAAGAGCAGAAAUGCACUGAAAGUCUGUAAUAUACUGUUUUGAUUCCACUAAGGGCUUUCUUUUGGUUGUUUUUAUUUUUCCAAGAGGAAUGAUAAAUAUAGAAUUUUGCAUAGUAGUUACAGCUGGUUUGUUUUUGUGAUCCAAAGUUGCAGCAGCAAUCAGUUCUUUCUGUGUAUUUGAAUUAAUUUAUGAAAUGGAAGAGUUCACAGAUAGUGGUGUCAUGUAAAAUGUAUCAGCCACUUGUACAUCACUUGGAAGCAGAGCUACGUAUUGCAGUUACAAAAUAGUAUAUGUUUUUUUGGGGGUUUUUUUUUCCAGGUUUUAGUUUUUAUGUUUAUUGCCAGGUUGGCACAAUAUCUCUGUUUACAGAUGUUUUCAAAUUGUACAUUGCUCUUGGAAAUAAAUAUUUAA